AAUGUUUAAUAAUCGGUUUAGUAAGCCAGACGUUUUAGGAAGGACAGCGAAAUGCGAUCUCCCACUGGGGGUCUAAAAAUAGUUAGUACGUUUACGGGUGAGGCAGGAUUAUCGAAGUAACAGGGGCAAACGUUUCUAAUUCCUGUUCAUUACUAAGAAGUACAUGUUAGAUGCUGUCAAGAGGACGACUGAUCUCACUCUGUUUUGAUUCGUGAUCGAUUUUUAGAAAGGGGGGAAAACGACGCGUGCUGUCGUCUGGUUGCCUGGUAACGAGGAGCACAGCCUGAGAUAUCUUCUGUUUCGCUUAUCCUGGUAUGGAAUCAUGGCUAUCGGCAGUAAAACGGAUGUUUCAGACAACAUUCGUAGCAAAAUGAAAUACCAAUGUGAAGGUGACGACGAGAACAGUACAAAAGUGGCACAUGGAAAAACGGCGAAAGAACGGUUCCAGUGUCCCAGAUGUGAGAAACAUUUUGGACAUCAACAAAUCCUGCAGCUUCAUUUGCGGGUCCAUGAGUCAAACAGUGACUCACAACUAAAAACUAGUCAUGAAGAAAACGAAGUUGUGAAGGGUGGAGAGCUGAAUAAAACAUCAGGCUGCAUACAAAUCAACAAUGAACGAAUACAAUCUAGUCCUUCAUAUAAGAAAUUUAUUGGCCUGACCAAGAUUCGUCUUGAGGAUUGCAUGCGAUGUGAUGCUUGCUCCUGUAUUUAUCUGGAUGAAAGUGACUACAAAAAGCACAUGAAAAACUUUCAUCGCCAAGACUCCCCUAAGAAAUACAGGCAAAAAAAGGGCUGUCGAUCUUGCUGCAAACAUUGUAACUGUAGAGGUAACCAUCAGCACCACAAUUUGCAGAAAGACCGAGGCAACAACAAUCUCUUCCACUACAACAUUAAGGAUCGCUGGAGUAAAAUGGUUUCAAGACGACUGAGUCCAGAGGAACUGAGGCAAGACAUCAAGGCUGAUCCAGAUUUUGACCCUGAUUCACCUGGAAUAUUGGAUUACAGCCAUCUGUUAAGUCAAGUAGAAGUGAAAAUCAAAACUGAGCCACCAGAAUAUGAGGAGAAUUUAGGGCUGUCUGGAUAAAUUGACAGCACUGAGCACUGCAGAGUUGCCAGCUCCUUAUAUUUACAAUCACAAUAUCAAUAUUUCAUACAAAGUGUUGGUCCAAUACAGGGCCAGCACAAGUCUAAAUAUCAACUCAGGAGAAGAGAAAUUAGUCCCACCCCCACCAUGACUUAAAAACAAGUUGUUUCUCAGAACUUUUGAUACAAUUCAUAACAUAAAAUUUCCAGACACUGUGGCAAAAACUAUCAUUAAUGCUGUAAUUCUU